GCGAGCUGUCGAUUUCGAGAAGGGGGAGGAGAAAGAUCGGAAGAAGAAAUGGUGAAGUUUUCGAGGGAGCUGGAGGCCCAGCUGAUCCCAGAGUGGAAGGACGCGUUCGUCAACUAUCGCCAGCUCAAGAAGCAUAUCAAGAAGAUCAAGCUUUCCCUCCUACGCUCCUCCCUGCCCCCCUCCGACGGCGGCGCCGCCUCUGCCCUCCCCCGCUACGGCUUCUCUCUUCUUGAUCCCCUCCGUGCCCUCGCCGCCCGCUUGUCCACCCGCCGCGAUCAGCCACUCCAGAUGGAUGAGGAAGGUAUGUACAAAGACGACCUCGUUCGUUCAAGAGAUGAUGAGGUAAAAGAGUUUCUCGAGAAAUUGGACGAAGAGCUCGAUAAGGUGGAGAAUUUCUACCAGACCAAGGAGAACGAGUUUUGCGAGCGAGGCGAGAUUCUAAGAAAGCAGAUCCAGAUCCUUGUGGACCUGAAGCAGAUCCUCCAUGAGCACCGCCUCCACCGCCAACGUAGCUCCUCCUCUCCGACUCCGAGCUCCGCUGCCGGCGGCCUCAAUUCUCCCUCCUCCUUCUCCGAGAGCGCAGGGGAGACGGAUCCGUCGUCGGAGGGGCCGCUGGUGGCGGACGAGGUGAUUGCGGCGCUGGAGAGAAACGGGGUAAGCUUCAUCGGGUCUGCGCGGACCAAGGCGAAGAAAGGUGGGAAGCCGAGGAUGGCUGCGAUGAGGAUCGACAUCCCGGCGACGACCCCAGGGCGGACGAUCUCGGCCGUCACCUCGAUCAUCUGGGAGGACCUCGCGAACGGCUCCAGGAGAGACGGAUCGGGCGGCGGAGAUCGCAUCAACCGGAAGAAGAUCCAGUGCGCCGAGAAGAUGAUCCGCGGGGCCUUCGUGGAGCUCUAUCGAGGCCUGGGGCUCCUCAAGACAUACAGCUCGUUGAACAUGACGGCAUUCAGGAAGAUACUGAAGAAAUUCGGCAAGGUAUCGAAUCAACAAGAAGCCUCGGAGUGGUUCUUAAAGAAGGUGAAGAGAUCCCACUUUGUCAGCUCCGACAAGGUGGUAAAGCUGGCGGACGAGGUGGAAUCCAUUUUCACAAGACACUUUGCGAGCAAUGACAGGAAAAAGACGAUGAAGUUCCUGAGACCACAACAGCCCAAGGACUCCCACAUGAUCACCUUCCUCGUAGGUUUGUUUACUGGCAGCUUCGUAACUUUGUUCAGUGUAUACGCCAUCUUAGCGCACUUGAGCGGCAUCUUCUCUUCCACAACUGAAGCUGGUUACGUGGAAACCGUCUACCCUGUUUUCAGUAUGUUUGCGCUUCUUAGCUUGCAUAUUUUCUUGUAUGGGUGCAACCUAUUCAUGUGGAGAGGCACCAGAAUAAACCACAACUUUAUAUUUGAAUUCAAUCCAAGCACAGCUCUGAAGCACAGGGAUGCUUUCCUCAUCUGUACCUCCUUCAUGACCACAGUUAUAGGGGCUAUGGUCAUCCACUUAUUGCUUCGGUCUGCUGGGGUCUCCUCACAGCAUGUCGAGUCCAUACCAGGAGUUCUCUUGUUGCUGUUCACAGGAUUACUCAUCUGCCCUAUCAAUAUAUUCUACCGCCCAACUCGCUACAGCUUCCUGCGAGUAAUCCGCAACAUCAUGUUCUCACCAUUUUACAAAGUGUUGAUGGUGGACUUCUUCAUGGCUGACCAGCUGACCAGCCAGAUCCCACUUCUAAGGCACAUGGAGUUCACAGCAUGCUACUUCAUGGCUGGAGGCUUUAGAAUACAUCCUUACGAGACUUGUACCCGUAGCCAGCAGUACAAGCUGUUGGCUUAUGUCAUCUCUUUCCUUCCUUACUACUGGCGGGCCAUGCAGUGUGCCAGGAGAUUUAUCGAGGAGGGGUACGAUGCAAACCACUUGGCAAAUGCUGGGAAGUACGUGUCGGCCAUGCUGGCAGCUGCCGCCAGGUGGAAGUAUGCAGUGGAACCCACUCCACUGUGGCUGGCUGUCGUCAUUAUCUCCUCCACUGCUGCUACCUUCUAUCAACUCUACUGGGACUUUGUUAAGGACUGGGGUUUUUUUGAUCCAAACUCAAAGAACAUAUGGCUAAGGGAUGAGCUCAUCUUAAAGAACAAGUGCAUAUAUUAUGUCUCAAUUGCACUCAAUUUCGUACUUAGGCUUGCAUGGAUCGAAAGCGUGAUGCGGUUCAACCUGGGGCGGGUGGAGCACCGGUUGGUUGAUUUCUUGUUAGCAUCAUUGGAGAUCAUUCGACGAGGACACUGGAAUUUUUACAGGUUGGAGAAUGAGCACCUGAACAACGCGGGCAAGUUCAGGGCGGUGAAGAACGUCCCCCUACCAUUCCGCGAGUUGGACUCGGAUGGAUGAAAAGAAGUAGCUCAGCAAAUGUACAUAAAUUAUGGGCUUUGGAGGAGGUGGGCCUGCCGAGGACUGCUUUUUCCUAUGAACUGUGUUGCUUGAGGUAGGAACUGACAUAAAGUAGAGGAUCUGGCACCCCCGAUGCAGUGAAGAACAGGGGAUUCGUGAUGAGAGGCGGGAAUCGGGUCCGGCGAAAUAAAACAUGACUAGUUUCACCCUAUCCACCGAUGAUAAGAAGAAGAAGAAGAGAAGAAGAAAUGGUCGCUUGGUUUCUUUUAGCUCCAAUAUGAGGUGAUUAUCGAACACCACGCGACCAGGACCUGCAGGUUGGUUGGUCCCCGAGGGUGUUGAACAAAGAGAAGAUCAGCGGUGUGCAUUUGUAUGGUGCAACGUAGAAAUAAAAACUUUCGUCGUCUGAAUAGAAUUCAGACUAUUAAAUGAACAAAAUCAAGUGAUUGCACUCAUUAAGCUUUGGUUGGAUAGAACAAAGACACAGCAUUGCACCUA